GCGGGGGACGUGAGAAGGCCGCGCGCCUGCCGCUCCUCCCCCGCCCCCCUCCCGCGCCAUCCCCCCCUCCCUCUGCCUCGGCCCCGAAGGGGGCUGCACGGGCGACUUGGCGGCGAUGGCUCGAGCUCCGGCGGCGACGACGGUGGCCGGAGGCGGCGGCUCCUCCUCCUCCUCCUCCUGGGCUUGGGCCCGGCGGUGAUCCGAGCUGGCGGCCGCGGCCCCCCGAUGAGACUGUUGGCGGGCUGGCUGUGCCUGAGCCUGGCGUCCGUGUGGCUGGCGCGGAGGAUGUGGACGCUGCGGAGCCCGCUCUCCCGCUCCCUGUACGUGAACAUGACUAGCGGCCCCGGCGGGCCAGCGGCGGCCGCGGGCGGCGGGAAGGACACGCACCAGUGGUAUGUGUGCAACAGAGAGAAAUUAUGCGAAUCACUUCAGUCUGUCUUUGUUCAGAGUUAUCUUGACCAAGGAACACAGAUCUUCUUAAACAACAGCAUUGAGAAAUCUGGCUGGCUAUUUAUCCAACUCUAUCAUUCUUUUGUAUCAUCUGUUUUUAGCCUGUUUAUGUCUAGAACAUCUAUUAACGGGUUGCUCGGAAGAGGCUCCAUGUUUGUGUUCUCACCAGAUCAGUUCCAGAGACUGCUUAAGAUCAAUCCGGACUGGAAAACCCACAGACUUCUUGAUUUAGGUGCUGGAGACGGAGAAGUCACGAAAAUCAUGAGCCCUCAUUUUGAAGAGAUUUAUGCCACUGAGCUUUCUGAAACAAUGAUCUGGCAGCUCCAGAAGAAGAAAUACAGAGUGCUUGGUAUAAAUGAAUGGCAGAAUACAGGGUUCCAGUAUGAUGUCAUCAGCUGCUUAAAUCUGCUGGAUCGCUGUGAUCAGCCCCUGACGUUGUUAAAAGAUAUCAGAAGUGUCUUGGAGCCCACCCAAGGCAGGGUCAUCCUGGCAUUGGUUUUGCCCUUUCAUCCCUAUGUAGAAAACGGUGGCAAGUGGGAGAAACCAUCAGAAAUUCUGGAAAUCAAGGGACAGAAUUGGGAAGAGCAAGUGAAUAGCCUGCCUGAGGUGUUCAGAAAAGCUGGCUUUGUCGUCGAAGCUUUCACUAGACUGCCAUACCUGUGUGAAGGCGACAUGUACAAUGACUACUAUGUUCUGGACGACGCUGUCUUUGUUCUCAGACCAGUAUAAACACGUGGAGGCCCAAGUCCUCAGAGUCACCCCUGCAACCGACCCUCCAGAAGAGGAGAUGCAUCCAAUGAUGUGAGGGGGACCUCUGGGGACUGUCAUUCUCAGUAUCAUGUAGGAAUUUAAAAAGCCAAAAUACUAAUUCUUUCUUUGUAGUGUGUAAGGGAGUGUUUUUAAAAACAAAACCCAACUCUUUGUGUAUUUUUAAUCAACUCUUUACUCAGAAUCACGCUCCAAUGCAGGUCACUCUCCAAUUAUGAUGGAAGAUAUUUUUUAUACUUAAUUGCUGUAGGGACUCAUUCCCAGACAAAGCAAUAGUCAUUAUGUCAUGGAACCGAUCAAUGGAUUGUUUUUAAUAAAUGAAGACUGGCAAUAAGGCUGUCCAUUCAAUUCCAAAUAUUGGUUAUAAAGUAGAACCAUUGAUAACUUUCAUGUUUAGAAACUCCUUCUCUUACUAUUCAAAAAAUGUUUUUAAUCACGCUAAUAAACGUUUUUGGAGAUGACGCUGGCACCAUGUUCUUCUCUCAAACUCUGCAGCUUUGGCUUCACGGAUGCCCUCAGUAGGAGCAUGAUGGGAAACACUCAGGCUGAGCCUGGAAGGAAAGCAAGGUUCAGCUUGGGUGUUUUGACACCCCUAGAAUGACCUGCCUUACUCAGAUAUAGUGCUCUAGGAAGUGCCUCUCAGUCAGUGUACCUGCUUCUGGCCACACAACAGCUUUGUUUUCCUAAGCUUCCUUAAUUCCUCAGGAUUGAAGCAGUCCAUGGCUUUGACUGACAGGAUUCAGCCUAAAUAAACAUUCAACUUCUUUCACUUCCUUGAAUGCCAUCUUCCCAGAACUUGGCUUAUCCCUAGAUCCUUAACUGAGAGUUUGUUUGCUGAAGACCAUUACCAGACAGCUGGUAGAAUCCAAAGUGCUUCCAAUAAACCCAGAAACACAGUGAUAGAGGAGACCUCAUUAGCAAGAACAGUAAUCGCUGUGGACACUAGUCCAGAACCUAAAGACCCAGCAGUCACAGCGGUGACAGCGUGAACGAGGUAGUCACAGUCUGUUACCCACGUGCUCAUUACCUGUGACCAGUACUCAUAGAAAACUACAACACCUGGGCAGAGGGGCCAGAGUGUUGAUUAAGAGCAGCCUUGAGAGCCCCACCUUAGCAGUUAGUGUUAUGUGUUAUGUGUAGUCAGACAAGGGGUCAUGGGUUGAUGUACAAUUGUUAGUGCUGUGCUGUGUUCUCAUUCUUUUUCCCCAGGACUUUGGGUAAAUGAAGUACAGACAGUGGCCUAGUGAACAGAGGAGUGCAGCAAGCCUAACAUACUUCUUUUGCAGUGGAAACUUGUGUCUUUACCUGGCAUCAGAAGGGGCUGCUGUUUUAUCCUGGGAAGGGUAUUCAGAGCCAGGUGGCUUCAAAGCGGCUCCUGUCUUUGAAGUUGAGGUCUAUUGGAAAAAGACCAUAGAAAAACAGAGAGCACAUGUGUUUAUUCAUUUUAAAGACAAAUUCUCAAGAAAAUCAGAGGACCUUUGAAGGCCAGUUUAUUAAAAAUGCCAUUUUGUGACUUGGAAACCAGAUGCAGAUGUAUUCCUAUGUCCUAUCUGGUCUGGGACGUCUUAGUGUGUUGUCACCUUUGGCCACUAGAUGGUGGUGUUGUUUACCAAGUGGCAGUGGUUCACCUCCUUUUCUCCCCAAGUAUAAUAAUGCUGCUUUGUGUGCACCAUUCCUGGCACGUGUGCUUAAACCCAGUAAGUUGGAGAAGCCGAGAGGGGCACCACCUGUGGUUGGUCCAGCAGGCUUGCCAGUUGACCCUAAAGGUGAGUGCAGAGAGCAAACACAGCUUGCACCUGGGAUUCCUGGCCCCCUGCACCUGCAUUCAAAACCCCUGGAGUGGUGAGAGUGCUGAGGACACAAUGCCCCUAGUCAUCUCCCCCUUGGGCGAGGUCAUUAAAACCACUUCUGUGUUUCCCA